AUGCCUAAUAUGCCUCUAAACAGAUCAGCAAUAUCAGUACCAACAAAUAUAUUUCUGGCGGAUUCACAUUUCGACAGUUGCAGAAGAGUAGAUAUGCUCGUCGGCGCUGGUCUAUUUUGGAAGGUUUUGUGUGUCGGUCAACACAAAGCCGGGUCUGAGCUAUUAUGGCAGAAGACUCAGUUCGGUUGGGUUCUAGGGGGAAAAUUGACCUGCCCAGCUAGCCACGCGCCGAAUCUCACGAAUAGAUGUAAUUUGCAGGUAGUUACAAAUUCCGAAUUGCAAGGACAGCUAGAAAGAUUUUGGAAGAUAGAAGAGUUACCGCGUACUAAUAAUCAAAUAGAUGACUGUGAAGCGCACUUCUUAGAAACAGCUCAUCGGGAUUCGAGCGGCCGGUACGUAGUUAGCAUUCCAUUCAAGGAUAACCUUACUAAGUUAGGCAAUUCACGCGACCAAGCCGAAAGGCGUUUGCUUGCGUUAGAGCGAAGAAUGGUCAGGCAGCCUGAACUGCGGGAACAAUAUGUUCAAUUCAUGAAUGAGUAUGAGACUCUGGGACACAUGUCCCAAGUUUCGGAUACAUAUAAUGCUUCUGAGUUAAAUUAUUAUCUCCCUCAUCACGCCGUCUAUAAGCAUAGCAGUACAACAACAAAACUUCGUGUAAUAUUUGAUGGUUCGGCUAAAUCAUCUUCAGGUCUUGCAUUAAACAACACACAAUUGGUAGGUCCCACGGUGCAAAGCGAUCUAUUCUCGAUAUUAAAUAGAUUCCGUUUGCAUAAAUAUGUUUUGAGUGCUGAUAUAGCUAAGAUGUAUAGGCAGGUGUUGGUUGAGGUUAAAGAUAGGCGGUUCCAACGGAUUCUGUGGAGAAGGAAUACGACAGAUCCGAUUCAGACAUAUGAACUAAACACGGUGACAUACGGUACAGCUUCCGCAACAUUUCUUGCAACACGAGUAUUGCACCAAGUCGGCCUUGAAUGUGCGGAACGUUUACCGGAAACUAGUAGAAUUAUAAUUAAUGAUUUCUAUGUUGACGAUCUGCUGACCAGUACGAAAACCAUUUUGGAUGCACAAAAAUUGAGGGAUGAAAUAACGAAUAUUUUAGAACAGGCCGGGUUUCAGUUGCGGAAAUGGGCAACAAAUAGUCCAAACAUUUUAAAGAACAUUUUAGAGUCUGUUGAGGAAAAGGAAAUUAACAUCGAUAAGGAUCCAAAGACACUUGGUUUAUUAUGGUCACCAGACGAGGAUCUACUCAGAUCUUUGUCAUUCGAGAAACAUAGACAAGUUACAAAACGCGUUAUUCUUUCGGAAAUAGCCCAGAUUUUUGACCCGUUGGGAAUCAUAGGGCCAAUUAUCGCGCGGGCGAAGAUAAUAAUGCAGGAAUUAUGGCAAUAUAUAUACAAUAUAUUAAAAAUAGGCUGGGACGAAUCGAUUUCUCAGGAGUUGCAUACUCAAUGGCAGCAGUAUCGCAAUGAUUUACAGGAAUUAUUUUCAUUAAAAAUUCCGCGUUACGUAGCAAUGGGUAAGCUUGAAAGCACAGAAAUACACGGCUUUUCGGACGCAUCGGAAAAGGCUUACGGGGCGUGUGCCUAUCUUCGGUCCUUGACGACGUCAGAGCUUUGCGGGGCAUUACUACUAGCUCAAUUAGUAGACAAGGCAAAGCGUGCUUUAAGCAUGCCAAUAAAUAGCAUUCGAUAUUGGUCGGACUCUACUGUUACGCUCACUUGGCUGAAGCAAUCUCCAAAUAGAUGGAAAACUUUCGUAGCCAUCAGGGUGUCGGAGAUACAGGCAUUGAGUGAUAGUGAGCAUUGGUAUCAUGUAGCUUCACAAGAUAAUCCAGCGGACAUGAUAUCCCGCGGUACGGCACCUUCUUUCUUGGCGUCCGCUGACAUUUGGUGGGCAGGUCCGGCAUGGCUAUCAAUGGAUUGCAAGCAUUGGCCUGAAUCAAAGAUCCAAAUGGUCGACGCAUCCGAGGAGAGGCAGACAUUGGAAGUUGGUACCUUGGUUCUUAUCAAGGAAGAUAAUCUGCCACCAUUGCGUUGGCGUUUGGGCAGGAUCAAGGAGCUUCAUCUUGGUACUGAUGGUGGAGCACGAGUAGCGACAGCCAAAACUGCAGAUGGCAUAUUCAAGAGGCCAGUUGCAAAAUUAUGCAUGCUACCUAUAGAUGACACCGACUCCAAAUCAGAUGUCAAUGAUUCUAAUAUUGAUAAAAUCUAG